GCAUAUGCUUCAGUUACACACGUGACGGUUACCGUUGUACCUAGAAUUGCAUCCAUGCCUAUAUUUUUAACAAAAACAUGUUUUUAAUGCUUUAUUAAGUAAUUGGUUAGGUUUUAAUGUGACGGUAUGAUUUUUUUUCUAUAGAUUGGACCAUAACUCUGCGUGAUUUACGCUAUCAUUAUGAAACGACAUGUUCAUAUGGAUUUGGUUCAAUGCCAUAUGGAUAUGCCAGUUGUUACAAUGUUUGGAAAACGUUGCUAGUUUUAGGAUUGUCGAUAACAAUCAUUUAGUUGGAUUCCUUCGUGGACGUCCACCAUUCCGAGUGAAUACUACGGAGGAAAAGGUUAAUUCCACGGAUGGAGCUCCACCUUACGUUAACGUAGAAUUGCCUGUAAAGGCUUUGUGGAAUGUAAUAAGUGAACAUGUCAUAUCAAAGGUAUAUCGUUGUGCUAAUGGUGAUUCAAAAGCGCUACCUGUGAUUCUCAGUUGCAGCGGCGGUCAAGAUUCCAUGUCUUUGCUUCAUUGUUUGGGAUUAAUCAAACAUUAUGCUGGUGGCAUGGUAGCAUCGACUCCUUGGUCUCGAUAUUUAGAUAAUAAUGAUCGAUUCGACCUUCCAUCAAUCUAUCAAUCAUUAAUGACUCUAUUACGUAAUACCUACGUUGUGUAUUUUGACCAUUGCGCUCGUCCAGACACUGAUAAAGACAUUGAUGUGAUUCGUUCGGCCUGUGAAAAAUACGGCCUAAAAUUCCAUCUAGAAAAAGCAGAAAGUCAAGUAAAGCAGUUAGCGCACGAUGAUAUCAGUGGUAACUUUCAAAAAUGCGCACGCGACUGGCGUCGAGAAGCCUACAGGCGUUUAAUAGACGAUAUAGACAUCUUACAAGACGGCUCUGAUAAUUCAGUCAGUUAUUCUGAUAGCUUAUUGAAUGGGAAAAUAUUUAACAAGCGUUUGCUUUUACAAAAAUCCGAGGAUUUGGACGCUGCCUCUUUAAUCAACGAACAUACUCGCGGUAUUGUCCUAAUGGGUCACCAUUCAAAUGACAAUGUGGAAACUUUUCUAUUUAAGUUGCUUCGAGGCGUUCACCUUAGUAACAUGACAGGAAUGGAGCGAAUGAGCUACCUCGACUAUAGCAGAGAUAUCGUAGUGAUUAGGCCAUUUAUACAGCUAACAAAGUCCGCAUUGGGUUUGUUUCUAGAGGGCGUCAAUGGGACAUUUCAUGAAGAUUCAUCUAAUAAUACCGCCAAGUACACGAGAAAUCGCAUACGCCAAUCAGUGUUGCCUGAGCUUCUGAACGCGGCAUCGCCAGGGGAACGCCCCGAGGUUGCUUUGGAAUCCUUGAAUAAGCGUUUCUGCAAUUUAAGUGCUCAAAGCCGCACUUUAAAAAAUACUUUAGAUUUUGAGGCGUACAUGUUCAGUGACUAUAUAUCGUCUAAAUACGGGGUACCAAAUCACUUUAAUCUACCCGAGUCAAAUCAAUCAACUUUCGCAAAUCACGACAGUGCAACAACACGGCAGAUAGCACAAGUAUACAGGAGUUUUUACCAUAACAUGUACUCCAGUUUCAAAUUUGAUAAGGCCGUUAUAAACGGUCGUAAAUAUAUAAAAACGUUACAGUUUUUGAGAUCAAUUGGCCUGGAAACUAAAGAGGUGUUCUUCGUUGAUGAGUGGCUCAUGAUACAAAGCGAACUUUUACGCAAGGAAAUACUCUUCAAGUUUUGCUUGAGAACGUGUGGUGAAGAAUGCCUGUUGAGCAGUCAAGUGUCAGACCGAUUAUACACGUUUUGGUCAAAGGAACCAAACACUGAUGCAGUGAAGAUGCAUGUAUUCCCUGGUGGGAAAAUGAUAGCACACCAAGGUACUAUUGCAAAGCCAUAUAGACCAGCUACUUGCAAGGGCCCCUAUGAACCUGAUACGGUAUAUAAUGACGGCCACUGCAUCUUCCGUAUAUUUGACAAUUUUAAAGUUCAAGUGAUGCCUGCUGGGGACCGUAGUCGAUCUAAUUCCUUCCACCUUAUGUUAACAGUUCCGCUAUCAAGCGUUGGAGGUGAGCCCACGGCAUUUGACAUUCGUCAGCUAAGGGAUGACGACAUUGUACCAUCUGAUUCUUUGUGGAAUCGUACUGCAUCAUCGGUUUUGUCUAAGAUGAAUUUCCCUCAAAUACUGCGUGAUGAGUUACCGGUUAUCGCCUUAAAAGAUAGCAACCAUGUUAUUUGCUUUUAUGGUGUCAACAUUAUGGCUCCUUAUUAUGACACGAAGGUACAGAAAGCUUCAUUUUCAUUUGGAAAAGAUUCACUAACAUCAAACCACACUAGACAGUACGUUAUUAAGGUUUUGAAGUAGCUGAAAAUUUACAUGUGAACCUAUAAAUGAGGCCUUUGCCCUAGGCAGCUUGGCCGAGUGGUUAAGGCGA